AACCGGCAUGUGUGGAAAUGGGAACCACACCUUCUAGACGUCGUGUUUUUGCCACGCGGCAAAACUAAUUGGUUGCAUGUGUUGCAUCAUCACAACUUGCAGGCGGGGCCACGUAAAUAAACAGCUGGAACUCAGCGAAAGUGCGAAGUGAAUGAUGCGGAACAGCUAGUAAGUAGAAAUUGUUUUUAAAAGAGCAUCAUACAUGAACUGGAAUCGUCAGUGCUCAGGUUGUUACCAGAUUUUGUAGAGUGCUGACUAUGUCCGUUUGGAUAUCGUCUGGUUCUGUUUUUUUCUGCUGCACAACACAGACGAAGUUCUACCCCAAAAUACCGAUUAUACCAAGUUUCACAGUGACUUCUGAGUCGCUUUUGUCAGCAUGUCUUCCAUUGGGUUCCUGGGUGCGGGAAAAGUCGUCGAGACCAUCGUAAGGGGUCUGCUCUUGGCAGAGGCCUUACCGGCUUUUCAAAUGCAGGCGAGCGCCCCAACGGAGCGAAAUCUGAAAAUACUACAGGAGCUGGGCGUUCAAGGCACCAAUAACAACAAGGAAAUCAUCGCCAAUCACCAGACGGUCUUCGUCUCGGUCAAACCCAACAUGGUCAGCACUGUCUUGAAGGAAAUCUCGCCGGUCGUCACCCCCAAUCACAUGCUGGUCUCACUCGCGGCUGGCAUAUCGGUCGGGUUCAUCGAAAGUAAACUUCCGGUGGGAACCCGCGUCAUCCGGGCCAUGCCCAACACUCCGUGCGGGAUCGGGCAAGGCGCGACCAUGUACACAUCGGGAAGCGCCGUCAAACCCGAAGACAAGGCUUUGAUUGAGAAAUACUUCAACAGUCUUGGCUACUGCAUGGAAGGGGACGAAACAAUGAUAGACGCUGUGAUGGCCGUGAGUGGCAGUGGUCCUGCUUAUGCUUAUAUUGCAAUUGACGCAUUGGCAGAUGGCGGAGUGAAAAUGGGUCUGCCUCGGGAUAUAGCCAUCAAGUUGGCUGCACAGACGUUACUGGGAUCGGCGAAACUGGUCUUGCAAGGCCGAAAGCAUCCGUCGGAACUCAAAGACGACGUGUGCUCUCCGGGCGGCACGACCAUCGACGCCAUUCACGAGCUGGAGCGGGGAGGUUUUCGGAAGUGCCUCAUCGAAGCCGUGGAGGCGGCGUGCCUUAAAGCCAAGAAACUGAACACUAUGAAUGCUGAAAAUAAAUGAUGAAACAUCCGUAUUCCUUAGGAAAAUUGCAGAAAUGAUGGAAAAGCGACCUCAGGAUUCAGACAGACUUAUUCAGGAUUUUCCCAUACUUUUCCAAAGAUUUUCCGAUACCUUCUCAAUGAUUUUCCAAACAUUUCCAAAGCAUUUUCCCACACCUUUCCCACAUUUUCCCCCAAGGAUUUCCUAUAAGCUUUCCUAGAUUUCUCAUACUUUGUUUUCCAAUACUUUUU